AAAAUGCUGAUUAAACGAAGAAUCCAGGAUAACAUUUUCCCGCAUCUUCGAAGACAGAAUAAAACUGUAACCAAGACCAAAGUUGAAGCCUUCCCUCGCCAUCCUGAGAAGUUUGAUGAAACAUCUCAUAAAAUGAACAUCAUUAAAACUAUUCGAGAGGACUGGAACAGCUUAAAUAAAUAAAUAUGGUCAACAUAACAGCAAUACUCGAAGACUUCUCAAAUAUUAUGUCGAAAAAGUUUGAGAGACUUCCCUUGAGCUCCUUAGAAUGGAUGAGAAGGAGCUUGCUCUCUCAAUGUUAAAAAAUACAGAGGAAGACCUCCCAAGCAGUGAGAUGGAAUAUUCAUAUUACAAAUAUAAGAUAAAUUACAAUAUUGCUCAUAUUUGAAGCGAGUGAAAUCGAACAAAAGCAUGCAUAAAAUAUCUCACCAGAGCUUUAGUAUGAGCUGAGGAAUGAAAUAUAACAUCUAAUGAUAAACUUCAUUUCUUUGUAUCUUCCUCCAGAAUGCAGGAAAUAUUCUACAAUAGAGCAAAGGCAUACCAGAGUCUUCUAAAGUAUAAAGAAGCUGAGAAGGAUAUACUUGCCUCAAUUGCUCUAGCUCAUAAAAGUUGUGAAGAGAAUACACAGAUUUGAGAGAAGCUAGUCCAAAAGCAAGAAAAUUAUUGUAGACUUUAUGACCAAACACAAGGAAGGUUCACUAGAAUCAGUAGUCAAGAAGAAAUAAGAGAGGCAAUGAAAAUGGCAAACAAACAAUGGGAAUCAUCCAUAGCUUUUCUUAUAUCUGCUCAAUGGACAAAGAGUGAAACAUUGGAAGCUAGAGGAAUGAAGAAUGAAAGCAUAAAAAAUUAUGAAAGCUUAUUAAAUUACCUUGAUUCAGCCUUAACUGAAGAGAAUCAAAAUUCAUUGCAAGUUACCAAGACAAAAGAUAGGCUCAAAGAAUUGUUAAAUCCCACACCUAAAUUCCCCAAAACGAUAGUAAUAAUGAAGUCCAAACCUAAAAAUAAAUUAGGAAAAAGAUCAAAGACUGCCUCAAAGAAUAAAACUGUGAGACUUUCUGCUUCACAGAGAUCAUCUGCUAAGCCUACUUCUCUCAAUAAAGUAUUAAUCUGCCCUCAUUUUGUUAACAAACAAGAGGCUAGAAAUAACACCGAAGAGCAAGCAGAAUUCUAUGGAAAUUUAAUAAAAGAAAUCAAGAAUAAGGCUCCUAUCAGAAUGAACCUCAAUGAAUACAUUCUCUACAUUAGAGAUAAACUAAAUGAAGAUGACUGAGGGCCAAGUGAGUUUUCACAAACUAAAAAUCUGUCUGCGAAGCUAAAUAAGUCAGCUAUGGGAAAUAUUCCUGAAAUGGGUGACCUUGAUAGAUUAGAUUCAAAAGGAUUUAAACAGAUAUACCAAGGUAGUUACAGAGACAUCGAAUUGGAUGUUCUUUACAGGUUAGUUUGAGGCCUUGCUCAGUCAGAUAUUUCUGAGUUUGAAGAAGAGAAAAAGGAAUAUGAAAUUGUUAAGAUCAUUCUUCACAAUGUGUCUAUGAAAAAUAGAGUACCUAAAGAGUAUGUUUAUGAAGCAUCUGAGUUAUUCCCAGAUCUUCUCGGCGAAUGGAUGUCUUAUAAUGAAGUUGAGAUGUCUAAUGAACUCAGGGCAAGGUUGGAGAGGCUAGUAGGCCACACGGAUAUUGAUUUCACUAAUAAAGAUGCUAUUAUUAAAACCCAUACAAAUUCUAAACCCGAAGAAAGUAAUCAAAUAAUCUUCAUGAAUAUGAACGAUGCAGCUCCUGAGCAAUCAAAAGCUAAUGAUAAAGAUCACAAUGAAGAGAGAAAAGUUAGACUAAUGAAUAAGGCCACUUUUCAAGACAAGUUAAAGAGAUCAGAAUUUGGUCCAAAAGAAGGAAAGCACAAUAAUGGAGAUAUUUCAGAAAGCUAUGAAGCUUCAGACGACUCAGACAGAGAACCUCAGUUUAUUGAAGGGGUUGGUAAUGCUGGAUUUAAAGAAUUCAAACCAGAUGCUGUACUAACAGAUGAAGAUAGAAAAAUUAAAGACAAGGUUAGAGAUGCUGGAUAUAAAAUCCCAAAAUAUGAUAUCAUCAGAGAUUAUAAGAAAAUGCAAAAACAUUUCUUAGAUGAUGAAGCUACUCACUUUGAUGAAAAUAAGAAGAUUGCUAAAUAUGCCCAAAUUUUUAUGAAAGCAAGCAGCUUUACUCCUGCUCAAGCAGCAGCUUUAUUUCAGUGAAGAUAUAAGCUUAAAUUACUGAGAGAAGAGAAGCGAAGGAAAGAGAUGAUGGAAGGAUCUACCAUUGGAUUCUUUGUCAGAAAAUAUUAUUGUAAUUUUAGGUGUAAGAAAGAUGAUCCUGACAAUACAAACCAUUUGUACGUCAAGUAUAUUGUGAAGAGGUCGCUUAAAGAAGAAAGGAUUAUCAUAUAUUCAAAGGAUUUUACAUUACACAAAGAGAAGAAUUUAUUAAUUGAGUCACAAGAUCUUCCGGAAGAAGAUCCUGAUAUAAUUGAUUGAUGCAAAGCAUGGAUCCAGGUAAAAGUCACUGGACAUAGUGACUAUAUGCUUCUUCUUGAUGAAGAUCAAGUUCCAGAGCAUGAACCUUUGAGUUUGGUCAAUAGUGCUCCUCCUCAAUUUGCUUUAUUUAAAAGUGGAGUCACUUUAAAAAGAGAUAAUAGUGCAGAGGGUGAUACCAAAUUUAUGAAUAUUGAAAAGGAAGAACUAAAAGAGACUCAUACAGCUCAGACUGCUUUAUCCAAAAUGUUUUCAUCCCAGCCAAUAAGUUUGGCUAUUGAAGGAGAUAAUGAGAAUCCUCUCCAUAAAGAUAUUAACAAUUCAGAGGAUACCCAAAAAGUGAAGCAAAGUAUUCUUAUUGACUCUGAUAAGAAGCAACGAUCAAUUCUAUUUAUCCAAGCUAUGAUUAGAGCCCAUCUCAAAUUUGGCAAGAGAAGGAAUGCGACUAAAAGAAGACAGAUUAGAUAUCAAAAUAAAAGGGAGGUUAACUUGCAAGCAUUAUGCAAAGCUCAAAAAUUGAUAAGAAGAUUUUUGAUGAGGAAAAAUCAACAAUUUAUAAAUAAAAAGAAAGAAUCUGAGAAAAAUCAUAUCUUGACCAAGGUCAAAAGGAUGGAUGAUAAUCAUUAUUAUAUUUUCAAAGUAUUCUGUAAAGUCCAAAUUAAGGAAGGACAGAAGAGAACUUUGCUAAAAUUUGAUGCAAUUCAGAAACCAGGAGACAAAAGUCUGAGUUAUAGAUAUUUAUUGCCAAAUUACUCUCUUAAUAAGCAAUAUUUGGUAAAAGUUUGAGACUCAAUUAUCGAACAUUGACUAUUUAUUAAUGAACAGGGAGAGAUUAAGCUCGAUGCUGGCAUUUAUAAGACUCAUUGCACGAAACUUCUUCAAGAGAAUGAAAUAAUCUUCAUGAAAGCCAACCAUCAAAAGGAAUUUCUUGUGCCUAGUUUAUUCAACCAGCUGAAAGCUAUGAUUAAAAUACAAAGGGUUGUUAGAGGAUAUUUGUCCAGAAAGAAUAAACCAACUUCCAAGGUCCAGAAGUCCAUAAUUUAUCAAUCUUGAGUUAGAAUUGAGGGUUCUCUAUUUUUCCUAAAACUACAAGAAAUGAAAGUUAAGGAAACCCAGAAACAUUACUUUCUCUACGUGCAGAAUAAGUCACCAAAUAGUAGUAGUGAUGAACAGAAGAAGUUUGAGUUUAAAGCAGAUCAAAUCAAGUACUUUGAUUUUGAAAACCUGGACAUUCUAUUCAAGCAUUACACCAAGAUUGAUCUUCUUGAUGACGAAGAUCUCCAAAUUGAUUGGGAAGGGUUCAAAGAAAGAAUGGAAUUGAAAGAAGAGUUCGAACAAGAAUUUGAGAUGAAGGAGAAUGCAUGGGACUAGA